UGCUAAGUGGCUGAGGUGGGGUGAGGUAGGACGCCCUACGAUGGGGAUGAUGGAUUCAAACCGCCCCGGAGGAGAACAGUGUGACACUGGCAGCAGCGUGGGUGGCUUCCGUAGCCGCAGUGGCAAAGUUGUGAUUGAACGAAGUGCUCUGGGUCGAAGAGCCAGUCUUGGGGAUCUGUAUGACAUUUGCACCGACUCGUUCUGUCAAGAAAACGGCAGAAACAUCACAGUCUUGUCGAAAAGUGCCGAUGUCCUGACCACGGCAUGUCCAUCUGUUCGCACAAGCUACACGUUUGAUGAUUCAUUAUCAGCGAGAUUUCAGACCCUUGGGGUGAGCUCUCCACUGAAGAUGAGCAUACUUGGGGGUCUGCUGACUCCUGAGGGAGCAGGGAGAUUCCUUGUGGAACGAGACCCGAUUGGGAGCACAACUGCAGGGGGCAGGAGAGGUUGUGCCAAGGCCACUCUUUUCUGCCAGGUGAUUGCGAGCGAACUCAACCUGGAUCUAUCCUCCGCCUGUGCUCAACGAAUGUCAGAAGAGAUCGCGUCCAUCCUUGCUGUGAGCCCAAAUGCUACGGGAAUGGCGACACAUUUUGUCAGCAGGAUCGUUCUCGGAGCUACUCUCGUCGUGUCUGUCACGGUCAACCCAGCAGGUGCCAAUGCCGCCGAGCUGCGGAUGGAUGUUCUUCAGGAGAAACUCAGCCAAUGUCUUACGGCCAUUCAGGCAUCUCUGGACCUGUCUGCCAGCACGGAUCGGACUAAAACCACCGGCAAAGGCAGGCAGCUGGGAGUGGCAGAAGAUCUCCAGGAUAAUGAUUCUUGUGCUGAUGGUGGUGCCUUCAUCACCUAUCCUACCAUUGGUGUUGUCCAGCAAGAGGACGGGAGGGCUGGAGGUGAGGCAGAGAAGGAGGAGGAGGAGGAGGAGAAGGUUGAGGAGGAGAAGGGGGAGGAGAUUGUCUUCACGGUCAGGAUGUUUGCAGACUUCGUUCCGCGAGAAGGAACUGGAGGGGCUUCUCAAACGCUACGAGAUCUGGAGGAGGUCCUGAGGGAAGUGUUGCAGAUUCGUGACAAGAAUCGAAGGCUGGCUGUCCCUGUCAUCAUAUACUUGUCCCCUUUAGCAGAGGUACUACUCUCCCCUCCUUGUGGAUGGGUGGGGAAGUACAGUUGUUAUGGUCCCAGUGCUGCCGCCACAGGUGUGUCCCGCGACAGUCCAUUGCUGCCCCUCCACCCAGACAAGGACACCGUAGCCCUAACCGAGGAGCUGUUCCAGGAGCUUCACGACCUCCAGGCAGCCGUUGAAGUCCUUCCCUCUGAAAUGGAGAAAGCCAGGAGGUGUCACAGUGAAGCUGCUGUUGCGAAAUCUGAUGAUAUCGAAUGUGUCCAAAACCUAGGUAGAAUACUGUCGACCUCAGUGGAAGCACUCAUGCAGGAAGUGGGCAAUCUGACGAUCCGCAUAAGGCGCUCUCAGGGAGAUCAGGACUCAAGUGAUAUAAGGACUACCCUGGACAGCAUUCGAGGCAGGCUGGGCCUGCGCAGGCUGCGCGAUCUAGUGGCUGAACAACAGCGCCGUCUGAAGUGCAAGGUCUCAUUUGUGGAGUAUCUCAAAGCCAAUGGUAUCGGGUUCAUCGCCCACGUCGGCGACAAAGGAUCGGUCCUUCAGAAAAUAUCGACCAGGCAUAAGGAAGACAGUACCUAUGUUCUGGUGCAUCACCAUGAAGCACCAGAUGGCGAGCUUUGGCGAAAGAACGUUGAGAUGUUGAAGCACCUCGUGGUUGACAGUGGAGGUGGCGGCCAAGCUCGCACGGGAGAGGGGAGCAGCGGCAUGGUUACCAAUGCUCCUUUCUUUUACUAUGUAGAGCUCCAACGGGCUCAUUCUCACGACAUGUUGCUAAGCGAGUUGAGUUUGCAAGGCUCGAUUUCACCACUGCUGACGGAGAUGGAGACGGGAAGGAUGGCAUCCAUCAAAGAGGAAUCAUGGGCUCACGAAAGAUUCAGAGGAGGUGUAGCACUACCAGCUGAGGAAGGGCACAUUCCAAGGACGGAGAUAAGGUUCUAUAUGAGGGGCAAACUGGUGCAUGAGGACCUUGCGGAACUCAUGGACACAAUCACAAGGCUCUGUCUCGUGAGAUGCAGCAGCCAAGCUGAGUCAAGCGUAGAGGAGGUGAGCAUCAGCAAAGGUGGUCCCAUCAAGGGCACCACACCACUUAAGAUCAAGUGUCCUGGUGCCAUGCAUGGGAAGUGCUGUUCGGACAAGCAAGUCUGGCACUGUAACAAGUGUUACGAGGAAGUUGAAUACGACUGGGAUGGGCACGUGUGCUGCAACUGUGGUCGGUAUAGCCUGCAGUCCCUCUCCUAUCUAUGUCGGGACUCCAACCACCAUGGUGGGUACCUGAGCUACGGCGAGACAGAUGACCUGACCAAGGAGCUGAAUAAUCUGCCAAUGAGGCAGGAGAUCAACAUCCUGCUGCUGGGGGAGACGGGCGUUGGGAAGUCCACCUUCAUUAACGCCUUUGCUAAUUAUCUGACAUUUGACGAGAUGGAGCAUGUCAAGGACGACGUGGUGGCCCUGAUACCAUCCCAAUUCACUGUCUACAACAUGGACUCGUACACACCAACGAUCGUGUCGAUCGGCAAAAGGGAUAGCAACGAGGAUGCCUCUCCAGGCCAAUCCAGCACACAAUCCUGCCAAGCUUAUCGUUUCAAUCACGGACAGUACGAGAUCCGUCUGAUCGACACACCUGGCAUCGGUGACACACGUGGUAUUGAGACAGAUAAAAAGAACUUCGACAAUAUCCUACGAUUCGUGAGCUAUCACAAGCAGAUCCACGGCAUUUGCAUCCUACUGAAGCCAAACAAUGCCCGGCUGAACAUCAUGUUCCGAUUCUGCAUUAACGAGUUGCUUUCCCAUCUCCAUAAGAGUGCCAAGGACAGCAUGGUGUUUAUGUUCACAAACUCCCGCUCCACCAACUAUCGGCCAGGAGACACGAUGCUGCCCCUGCAAGAGAUGCUCAACAAGAUCCGCCACUCGCCACCCUACGUCGACAUCCCUUUGAGCAAGGACACCAUCUACUGCCUCGAUAGUGAAGCAUUUCGGUUUCUCGCAGCUGUAAAACAGGGCGUGAAAUUCACCGACGAGGAGAAGUCAGAUUUUGCAAAGAGUUGGACAAAGUCGUCUCAGGAGUCGCGACGGCUGAUGGAUCGCCUCCUGACUCUACCUCCACACAUAGUGCAGCACACGGUCUCCAUCAACGAGGCACGCCGUCUGAUAGACAAUCUGCUGGAGCCACUGACAGACAUCAGUAAGGCCAUCCUGGCCAACAAAAAAGCCAUUGUGGAGAAGCGCAGAGAAGACGUUUCCUCUACAAACCUGGAAGAGCUCAAAUCGAAGUUGUACGUCCCGACAGUCAACGUGAAGUACAUCAAGCUCCCCCACCCUGCAAUGGUGUGUACAGGCUCGACGUGCCGAGAGACUGUCACUGUGAAUGGAAUUCACAGUUAUCACUACAAGAACCGCUGUUGCAGUCCAUGCCAUGCAAAAGGGUGGUGGUUUUUUCCGCCAGAGAUGGAGAAAGUAAACCUCCAUACGGUAUGGUGGUGCCAGACAAUGGGAUGGAACGGCAAGUGCCGUAACUGCCGGUGUGACUGGAGUCUGCACAUGUACAUCAUGCAUGAGACGAGGCUUGUGCAUGAAGAGCAGAGGGACGACCACGUCCAAUCACAGAUCAAGACGAUUGAAGAUGCUCAAAUAGAGUACCAGAGAUGUAUUUGGCAGAUGGAGGAGGAGGAGAAGACGUUGGAUGAAGAACAGCAAGUCAUAAGGACGGCUCUCGCACGAUUCUGCGUUUUUCUGAAGAGAAAUGCCAUCACAAUGUACAACGACUCUACGGUAGAGUACUUAGACCACCUCAUAAAGCAAGAACAGGACCUUCAAGCAGAAGGCAGGAGCAACCCUGAGAUUCGAGAAGGGUUGCUGAAGCUCAAGCAAGACCACAUCGAGCAGGUUAGGUUGCUCAGCGAUGCCCAAAGUGACAUUGGCAUGAGCGAUAACCCGGCAACGGCAGCAAUCUCCACCGCCCUCAUCACCCCCGAGGACAUCCAGAGCAAUGUACAGCAUCUCUUUGCACUCAAGAUCUGUGGCUCAAAAAUCAAGGGUGCAAUGGAGGCAUUUGAGGAUCUCCGUGCCAGGCAAUUCUCUUACAGUGAAGUUGUAGUGAAGAAGCCGCUGCAGAGUGCUCCAUUGAAAGAGAGAAUGUGGGGUUGGUUUUCAGCACCUAUUCGAGCAGUGGGCCAAGUCGUGAUUGACUCAAUCCAUGGGUCAGCACAGCAACCAAGGAAGCAUAACCGGGGCGCCUGAGUGCUACUUCGUGUGAUAUUUGCGCUGGAGUGGGAGCGACGUUGGCAUAGCCUAUGUGACCGUGCUGCUCUGAGGAAA